CGAACAACAGAGGAGGAAUCCAUUGGACGUUCCAGAUGAAAACAUUUUUCGCGAUUCGCCUUCAUGAUUCAUCGUGUCUCUUGUGGAAGUCUGGGACUUCUGCCGCACUGCCUUCUUCCCCGAGCCCUAGCAAAUCCGCCGUUGAUGGCCGACGACUGGCUCUGCUCUUGAACGAAGCCCAGUUUCACCCUUACAUUUCCCGCUUCUCCUCCUCGUUCGUCGCCGCAAUCAUCUUCCAUGGCGCCCUCCCCCCUGAUCCACGCACUUCGGACCCGAUUCAGGGAAGCGAAGGUCGGAGUGGAGGACAACGACCGGUCUGUAUUCCUCCUUUGCCCCUGUCUCGUUGUCCGGAUCUUACUCCUCCUCGUGGCUUUCAUCGUGCUCGCCGUCAAGUUUCGCCUCUUCUGCCGUGGUCUCUUCCGAUCCACGCUCGCCCGCCUCAUCCUCACGGACAAGUGCCACCCUUCCACCCGAACGCCGUAUCUCGAUUCUACUGCGCCUCGUCUUCUGCCUCCGAUUCGGAUGCGGAUUCUAGCAGCGAGGUCCCCUCGCGUCCAUCCGACGCGCAGGAGGCGGAGCGCGUUUGUAAAGUGAUUGACGACCUCUUGCUCUCUGAUCGGAGCAUGGAGGCUGUGCUUGAUAAUUCCAUGGUCGACCUCAGCUCCUCUCUCGUGGUUAACGUCCUCCAACGUUUCCGACACGCCCACAAGCCAGCUUACCGGUUCUUCCGUUGGGCCCAUGGGCGCCCGGGCUUCUCCCAUGACUCUGAGACCUACACGAAGAUGCUUAGCGUUCUCAGUAAGACGAGACAGUUUGAGACGAUGAUGGAGUUUCUGGAAGAAAUGGGCAGGAAGGAAUUCUUAAAUAUGGACGCUUUCAAGAUUGCGAUUAUUGGUUUUUCAGCCGCUCGUCAGAUAAAGAAAUCAUUGGCCAUUUUUCAGCUGAUGAAAAAAUUCAACUUUAACGCUGGACAAGAGACAUUCAACUGCUUGAUCGAAGCUUUAGCGAAAGGAAAGCUCGGGAAGGAAGCUCAAGCACUCUUUGACAAGAUGAAAGAUCAGUACCCACCUGACCUCCGGACCUAUACCUUUCUCCUCUCAGGGUGGUUCAAGUUGAAGAAUCUCACGGAGGCUAGUAGAGUCUGGAAUGAGAUGCUGGAUAUGGGAUUCGAGCCAGAUGUUGUUGUAUAUAAUACAAUGAUCGAUGGCUUGAUUUUGGGACACAGGAGAUCAGAUGCAAUCAAGCUUCUCGAGCUCAUGAAAGCUAAGGGCCCAGCUCCAAAUGCUAGGACAUACACAAUCGUGAUACAAGACCUCUGCAAGGCUGGGAAGAUGGAUCUUGCAGUCAAUCGUUUCCAGGAAAUGCUGGAUGCAGGAUGUGCCCGGGAUGUUGCAACCUACACUUGCUUGAUUGUGGGGUUUGGAAAUGAUCGGCAAAUGGAUAAAGUUUCUUCGCUGCUGAGUGAGAUGACUGAGAAAGGAUGCCCACCGGAUGCUCGGACAUACAAUGCCUUGAUUAAACUCAUGACUAACAGAAACAUGCAGGGUGAUGCUGUUAGGAUCUACAAGGAAAUGAUUAAAAAGGGCUUUGAGCCCACAAUUCACACAUAUAAUAUGCUUAUGAAAUCUUGCUUCCAUGGAAAUAAUUAUCAGAUGGGUUGUGCUGCGUGGGAAGAGAUGGGACAUAAGGGUAUUUGCCCAGAUAUAAAUUCUUAUACUGUCUUUAUUGGAGGCCAUAUACGCCACGGAAGGCCAGGAUUGGCAUGCAAAUACUUGGAAGAGAUGAUAAGCAAAGGAAUGCAAGCUCCUCAGAUAGACUACAAUAAGUUCGUAGCUGAUUUUGCUAGGAUAGGAAAUCCUAAUAUACUAUAUGAUUUGGCACAGAAGAUGAAUUUCUCUGGGAAGUUUAAGGUCUCCAAUGUCUUCCAUGGUUGGGCAGAGAGAAUGAAGAAGAGAGUCAUAAGGCGAAGACCCAAUCAGACUGGAAGACGUCUUUUCUAAGACUGACUGAUCAAGACAAGCAUACUUAAACUAAGAGAAACAUUAACUAAGGCUACUUGGAAGAUGUUGAUGUAACAUAGCUGAGUUUCUUCUUCUGUUUUUGGCUAUGGAUACACGCUCAUACCGAAUCCCAUGACCUUGUAAGAUCCCUCAGCAUAAUGAGUCAUUCAAAAGUAAUCUUCACAAUGUUUUACAGUAUAAACAUUACAGGUUUUGGCAUUGCAUACUAACUAAACAACCGGUACAGGUUUGAACAUUCGAUGCCUCUUUUAUUUCUUGCCUUUUUUCUUUUACUUUGAAGCUGCUCA